CCCUCAGUUCUUAUUUUGAACAUGUAUCAGAGUGAGACGACCCUAAAAAGCAUCCCAGGGAAAAUCUCUUAGUCAUAUUGGUGUAUCUAUUACAGGUGGCAUCGCUUGAUGUGGUUCCCAAACCUGCUGCAAGCACUAGAUCCUUUGUAGUCGCGUUAUUUGAAUGUUCCACGAGGUCAAUUCCCAUAACCUACAGCCUUCGAGAGUCAUUCUGUCAAAUUACUUCGGGGUAUCAGUCACGAACUUAUGUCUCAGCCAGGACUACAAGAUCCGAUUCGAUCCAUCUUCUCCAUUAUAGAGCUCGACUUCGGAACGCCAUUUACGGAGCGCGGCCUCCCACCAGAACACCUAGAGGAAAUUUUUAGAAGAUGUCUCAGCAAUCUGCAGCAGGAAGAGAAGCCCGAGUGGGUACAGUGGGGAGCGGAUAUAGAGUCUCGGAACAAAGUGUGCUUCCAGCUAGGGCGAAAGUUAUCUCAAAACUGGAGAUCAGUCGACUCCCAGAUGGCUAUAUCGACAGCUAAGGGCAUGCCAAGGUCCAUCGAGUCAUUGUCACCAUUUCUGACAUGUUUACCCCGCAUCCGUCACAUACAGAGCCAAGACAGCAAUGACACCUGGAUUCGCUGUGGUUUGUUUCCAUGGUAUGAGCGACACUGCGAUAUCUUUACCAUCGAAGCUCCACCCAGUACGUUGCUGUACGAAACAAUCAAGAACGAGAUGACAAUGCUCCGACGGGACUGCAUAUGGCUCCUUUAUAAUCAAGUUUCCGGCACCACCGGUCGAGAUCGUCCCUGGGAAGAUAUUAAGGAAGUCAUUUUGGGAACUGAAAAGCUCUAUGGACUGAUUGAUUCCGAUCAUGAGUCUGGUAUACAUGCGUUUGUCUUCCUUGUCUACUGGUCAGACUCUGAUUCAAUGGCACGCGUCAAAGAUCCCGAGCAAGAGAUCAUUUCAAAGAAUUAUCCAAAUAUCAGAAGUGAUUGGUGGGAUGUAGAGGUCGUGGGCCGUCUGGAGAAGCUGAAGAUUAUGGGUGCAAGUGUGAAGCAGAGCACUUUUGACUUCAGGGAGUUCUCCCAGCAAGCUAACUACCCUUUGCUCUGGCCGGAUGCCGAGAUUAUGGCUGCAAGGCAAGCUGCAUCAGAUGCCGAAAGACAAAAGUCGUCGAAGACCAAAAGAGAAGGCUGUAAAAGUUGUCGCCUUAUGUGA